AUGUCUCCUUCCGCAAUCGUACCGCAAUCUGACCAGACAGCGCCUGCCAACGGGCACGCCAACAACGGUCAAGUUGAGCAGACUGUCGAGAAUCCUGUCUAUCUUACUACAGAGCCAAAAGAAGAUUUCGACUGGAAAAUUACUCUCAAGGGCAAGGUAGUCGCUAUUACCGGGGCAAACAGAGGUAUUGGACUCGGCCUCGCUACAGUAUGCCUUGCCAACGAUGCUGCUGAAGUCUACUCCCUGGACCUCUUCGAACCCGGUGAGGAGUUCCAGGCGCUGCAGAAGGCCAACCUCAAGCGCGUACACUACCUGCACUGCGAUGUCACAUCUGAAGAAAGCGUCACGAAGGCCAUCGACCAGAUUGUUGCCCAGUCGGGCCGUAUCGACGGCAUGAUCGCCAACGCAGGAAUGACCAAACACCAGCCCGCACUCAACUUCGAUCGCCCACAGCUCGAACAGCUUUUCAACCUAAACGUUUUUGGCGCGUACUUUUGCGCAACGGCAGCCGCGAAAAAAUUCAUCGAGCUUGGUAUCAAGGGUUCGAUCGUCUUCACAGCGUCCAUGACAUCGUACCGGCCAAACAGGGCAGCACCGUCAGCACCAUAUGGAGGGACAAAGGGCGCUGUCCGCAACAUGGCACAUACUCUCGCAAUGGAGUGGGCAAAGCACGGAAUUCGUGUAAAUUCGAUAUCGCCGGGUUUCGUACGCACGCAGAUGACAUACUAUGUCGAGAGGGCGCCCGACUGGAACUUGAAGAUGCAGUACUAUGGCGGUAUGCCUAGAUUGGCCGAUCCUCGUGAACUUGGCGGUGCGUAUGUGUACCUCCUCUCAGACGGUGCCAGCUACACUACGGCGGAUCCUCAAGGGCCAAGCGAAGUUCCACCAGCAUGCGCAACAUCAUUCGUAAUGCAAGCAUCGUCAACAGGCAAUCCUAAGCCGCGCAAACCCCGUCCAUCUCGAGCGCGAGGCUUACGUACAACCACCGGAUGCCUUACCUGCAGACGAAGGAGGGUGAAAUGUGACGAGCUGAGGCCACGAUGUGCGACAUGCAGCAAAUCCGACAGAGAAUGUCUGUGGCCGUCGCCAAAUGACCCCACGGGCGGCACGGGAAGCAAUGCGUCUGGUUCUGUUCAAUCAGAAACUUCACCAGCUCAAGAUGGCUCUUCUGCUGCUGCCACGUCGCCAGGGCCUGCUAGACGACCGAUUCCAGGUGAUAUCGAUUCUCAGCUCUGGAACAAUUCUCCCGAGUUAUUGUUCGACUCUCCGUCGACCGUCAUCAACUCGUUGCCGUCGCCAAAUUCGGCACCUUUGGCCUACUACGACCUGCUUGCCGAGGAUGCCAUCAACAACAUCGACAAGUACAACCUCAAUGUUGACCUAGACAGGAACAAUUUGUCCAGACAGUCAAGUCCUGUCGCUGAUACACCAGGUUCAGGCCCGCAGCUAUAUUCAAGCCAGCAAGCACCAGAAGCCGAAUCGUCGGCACAUGAGCAAUGGAACUCAAUCAACCCCAUACCCAUGUCUGACGAUGAGCUCGUGCUUUUUCAACACUACAUUGCUGUGAUUGGUCCUAUUUUGGACCUGAACGACCCUUCCAGGCAGUUCACGGAAACUGUCCCUUCUCUGGCUGUCCAUAACGUAGGCCUCAUGAAGUCUCUACUUGCUGUGUCGGCACGGCACAUGGCACUCCUAAAUGAGCCACAAAUCUGUCGGCUAAACAUACAAGACCCUUCCCCGGACGGUGACGACGGCAGGAUGAGGAGCCUUCAAAGCCCUCUACUACAGGCGGGAACACAAUAUUACUAUGAGACUUUGCAGUACCUGUCGAAGAAUCUUUUCUACCCUUCCUACAAUAGGUCUAGGGAGAUUAUAUCAACAUCUAUUCUCAUUAGUACCUAUGAGAUGUGGGACUCUGAAGGCCAAUACAGCAACGGAGCCUGGGAGAGACAUUUGCGUGGUAUAUUCUGGAUACAGAGGAGCCAAAACAACAACGGAGAGUCCAAAGACCCACUUCGGAGAGCUGCCUGGUGGCAAUGGAUACGUCAAGAUACCUGGGUCGCAUUCCGCGAAGGACGUCGCGUUCUAACUAUUUGGAGACCGACCAAGCGUUUGAUGGACCUAAGCCCGGAUGAAUUGGCUUUGCGGAUUGUGUACAUAUGUGGGCGGUGUGUAGACUUUGCUGCAAACGAAAAGAAGUACGACCUGAACACUCGCAUCGACCAAGCCGGAAAGCUCCUGCAAGCUCUGGAAGAUUGGCAUCGAGCGCUCCCAGCAUCCUUCCAUCCCAUUCACCGAGGACCGCCACCUGGACCUGGCGCCAUGUUUGCGCCCAUCUGGAUUCACCCCCCUUCGUAUGCAGCUGCUGUUCAAACGUUUCACUUUGCGAGAAUUAUAGUUCUCAUCAACCAGCCUUCAAUGGGAGGUGUCGACGAAUUCCGGAUUCGGCAACGUAGCCUGGACGAAAGCGUAGACAUGAUCUGUGGCAUUGCGAUGGCACACCAAGGCAGAGAAAUUCCAAGUGCCAUGGUGAACUUCAAGUCCAUCUAUGCUGCUGGUUUAUGCGUUCAAGAGCCCGUCAAGCAAACAGCUAUCUUGAACCUCCUCGACCAGACGCUCGAUGUCACCAAGUUCCCACCGAAGACACUACUCAACGAUCUUACCAGCUAUUGGAGGGCCGAAGCAUGA